AUGAACUUUACCAGUGGAGCGCCCGUCUCGGAGCUCCUGUCACUCGACAGGAUCAGGGAGCAGCUCAUCCGUCUUGAGGACACUAUCAUCUUUCUCCUCAUUGAGCGUGCCCAAUUCUCGCACAACCCCAUCAUCUAUCGCCCCGGAGCCUUUGAGAAGGAGACAAACUUCAAUGGGAGCUGGCUAGAAUGGUUCUUGCAGGAGAUAGAGUCGUUCCAUGCCAAAGCGCGAAGAUACACCAGUCCUGAUGAGCAUCCCUUCACACCAAUAGAGCAGCUCCCGCAGCCUAUCAUUGUCCCGCAGACUUACCCCUCGAUUCUGCAUAAAGAAUCCUACGACCACCCAUCUACCAAUGUCAACCCACGGAUCUUGGAUUUCUACGUCAAGAAGAUUGCUCCUGCCAUCACCAAGCCUGGCAAGGGGCGGCUGGAGGAUGAUGGGAACUACGGGUCAGCGGCUACCAGGGACGUGGAGGUGUUGCAGGCGCUAAGCAGACGUAUACACUACGGCAUGUUCGUGUCCGAGUCCAAGUUUCAAUCCGCCCCUCACGACUUUAUCCCUCACAUACUGUCCAACCCGCCCAACUCGGAAGCCCUCGCCGGACUGAUCACCAAACCGGCGGUAGAAGCCAAGCUGCUUAUUCGCCUCGGCAACAAGGCGCGGGUGUAUGGCGGGGAGAUGGAUGCGGACGGACGUGUCGUCGAGGCGGAGGAUGAAGCAGCGAGGAAGAUCGAUGUGGAUGAGGUGGUCAGGCUGUACAAGGACCAUGUAAUUCCGCUGACCAAGGAUGUCGAGGUGGACUACCUGAUACAUCGGCUAGAUGGAGUACCGCAGGAGCAGAUUGAUAAGUGGAUGAAGGGCGCUGCUCAAUAG